CACAACGUUAACAAUCUUUUCCAGGACAACCAAAAGUUUGUUAAUUUAAGACACUUUACUAUUUAAUACAUGUAGGUAACUACUAAGAAAGAGUAUACAUAAUACUGAAAAAAAAAAACUACCAUGGGACCUUUCGCUCUCCCGGUGCCAGGCUAUCGCCUCAGUGCACACCACCGCAUAAACAAACCUAAGAAAACAGACGAUGGGCAAGAAAAUGAGGAGGAAGUCUGGGUCGAAUCCGAAUGGAGCACGCCCUCCUCACGUCUCCCCUCAGACUCCAUCAACCCCCUAAGCCACACGCCAGAUACCCUUCGGCAAUUCGCCGUUGCUGGACUGUCGCCCACAGAGGAGAUACCGUCGAAGGCAAACCCCUUGUUCCCGCACAAGCCACUCCAGCCAGAAGGCAAGAGACGCAGGAAGCGCGAUGUCAGCAGAGACGAUGAAAAUGCUACGGAGAAGCGGGAUAAGGGUGUUACGUCAAAGCAGCACUCGGAGCGCCUAAAGCAUCUAAGCACCUUAACAGCGAUCCUGCACCGCUGUCUCGGCGAGGGCGACAUCCCACGUGCGAAGCGUGCCUUCGGUUUGCUAGUACAGACCAAGGACGUAGAUAUCCGACAGGCCGGGCUAUGGGCCAUAGGCUCCGAGAUCCUCAUGCGGGACGGCGAGUCAGAAGAAGACCAGCUCAGACAUAAACAGGGACGGGACAAUGAACUACGUCGCUGGGGCUCCGCCGCCAACGUCGACAAAGUGAAAUCUUACUUCGAGACCCUGAUCCAGCAACAUCCGCACGACCCGCACCGGCCACAACUUACCAGCGCGCUGGACUUCUGGCCCGCGCUCUUCGGCAUCGAGGUGUACAAUAUCGAUGCCGAGAUGCGGGCUGCGAUGCAUCAUCUGCAACAGCAACAGGAUAAAGAUCAAGGCCAAGAUCAAGAUCAAGAAGAAGAGGCGGGGUACGGGUUUGACGUGGACAUGGCAUAUUCAGACGAGACGUUCGAAUCGCACAGGGAGCUCCAAGACCAAAGACGACGCGAAGCUAUCUACACAGCCCGCGACGAAAUACGCACACGCGCGCUAAUCGCCGCAGAGGCAGUCGCCAAGCAAAUGGACCAAGUGAUGGAAAACGCACCGUACGGCGCGCACCGCGGAUUAUUACGGCUGCGAGCGCAUCUAGCGCUGUUCGUGGGGGAUUUGUGUCUUCCGGCGCGACUUAUGGAUGACGACGGCUACGUGUCUAAAGAAGAGAAGAAGAAGAAGAAGCGGAUGAAGAAAGGUAAGGGUAAGAAUAGCGAGGAUGGGCUACGAGCGCGUGCCGAGACGGCGGAAGAUCAUGCUGCGCUGGUUAGGAGGAGGGAUGAGCAGGGUAGGGCGAGGAUGUUGUUUCGGAAGGUGUUGGAUGGUGGGGGGGAGAGGGAGUUGGAGGGGGAAGGGGGGGCGGAUAGUUGGGUAUGGAAGUUUGUGGAUGAGGGUGAGGAUGAGGAUGAUGAUGAUGAUGAUGAUGAUGAUGAUGAUGGGAGGGGUGAUGAGUGGUAGUUAGUUGUAUGGUUGUUAUUGUCUCUUACAAGGCUCAAGAGUAGAUACCCCGAGUAAUAUAAACCACAAACACUACCUACAGAGG